GCCUUUAAGCAGUCACGAACGAACCCUCGUUCGUUGCAGCCGUAGAAAACCUCUUCGUUUCUACGCGACUUCCUCCUUUAUCUUCACUCUCGUCAGUGAAAACGAAUCGCCCCGAAUCUCGAGAUCAUUAUCCAUAAAUAUCAGUUACGUGUGUGAUAUUCUCGAUAUUAACAGUGUGACUGUGAUCCAUUUUCUGUUUGGGUUUCUCUAACGUUCUGUCGCUGCAAGAGAUGCUGUUGGAAAUAGAGGGCAAGGGCUGCUUCUCAACCACCUCUUCAUGAUGAACAAUCGGUGAAAGUGGCAGGUAAUCAAAGAAGAUUUAGAAAAUCAUCGAGGAGAAUGUCGAGGAAAUCAGAGGGGGUGGAUGAACGCCCCAUGGAUCCGGGGCUCAAAUUUGGUACCACUUGAAUGCAAAAGAAAAAGUACAAAUGAGCAAUACGCGGGAUGGGCAAAUCUCGGCUUUGGGCCCUGUUUCCUGCGACGAUGACGACGAUGACAAUGAUGGCGUACGUUACUGUAACGACGGCUACCUCGACCUCGGUACCGUCUCUUUCUACAACUACCAACAGCGAGAUUUUCGAUACGAAAAGGGCGGGUAUCGAAGAUGCUCUGGACGUGAUAGAGGCAGCAUCAACUGGAUCGCUGGGUGAAGAUUGUGCCACGACAGCUGGUUUUAAAUCCUUGCCAGCUAUCGUAGCACUUGAUCCUCGACGUUACGAUACAGCACGUCAAAAAGCUGACAUGACAGCCCUGAUGCUCCAAAAUCUUGGCACUAUCGGACUAUCAAGGCACAAUGUGCUUUUAGAUGCGUUGGCAAAAUCAUUGCUGGUGUCAGUGAACGACGCCGUAGAAACGAGGGUGAUCGCACUAAAUACGUCCACGGGUGCGGUGAUUAGCGCAGUCUGGUUGGAAAGAAGCCCAGGAAGCGUCGGAGAACCGUUCAAGGUCGAGAGUCACGGACUACAGCCAGGAUCUAUACCAGAUCCAAAUUUGCCAUGGUUUGAAAACGCGGGUGCCACCACAGAGCUGAGGUCACCGAAAUUCAUGCAGUCACCGGCGAUUGAAUCCUACAGGGGUUGGUGGACCAUCCCGUAUUUCUCCUGCAAAAGUCAUCGCUGGUUGAUUUCGUACAGUGUUAACAUACGGCCACCAGACGCUCGUCACGGGAUUCGAGAAUUUUUAAGUGUAGAUAUCGAUAUCAGUGGGCUAGAAGUAAAUCAAUGUGAUGCAUCGCCGUUAAAUAAUGAGAACGAAGUUCUAAGUAAUCAAAUAGCAUCUUUCAAAGGCACGCACAAAUGUCAUACCGACACGACACAGUGUGAGUAUCAGAGUCCAAAUAAUCGUAUAAAUAAAAACGGUGUCGGUGCUGGUUGGGCGAAAGGUGCAUAUGUAUGCAAAUGUCGGAAAGGUUAUUACAGCACGAACCAACAUCAAUCCGUUUUUGAUGGAAUUCUCGUCGAAGCUGCUUGGAAGGAACUGCAAGAGAAUAUAAGCGAUGCAUACGUAAUGGUGUUCCGCUGCUUACCUUGUGCACCAGGAUGUGCUAAGUGCAAGGGACCCGAACCCUGUUUAGCCACUUACAACUGGCCCUUCCGAAUCUCUCUUCUAUCGUACUCUAUUUUCUGUGUGUUUGGUACCAUCAUCCUAGUGGUCUAUAUGUAUCAACACCGUAAGCUCAAAGUGUUCAAGGUCGCUUCGCCGAUAUUUUUGUCUAUUACGCUUUUGGGUUGUGCUAUUAUGUAUCUCGAAAUGGCCGCAAUAUUUCCCGUUUUGGACAUGUAUUCUUGUAUCGCCACAAAAUGGACGAGACAUCUGGGCUUUUGCAUUUCAUACACUGCACUGUUGAUGAAGACUUGGAGAGUGUCUCUCACAUAUCGCGUGAAAAGCGCGCAUAAGGUGAAGCUUACGGACAAACAGCUGCUGCAGUGGAUGGUCCCGAUAUUGUUAGUAAUGUUAAUUUAUCUUGGCACGUGGACACUCAGCGCACCGCCAUAUGCCGAAGUGAUAGCUGACAAUUAUGGUCUGAAAUUCUACCAAUGUUCUUUCAACUGGUGGGACCAUAGUUUAGCAAUCGGAGAAAUUCUGUUCCUCGCGUGGGGUAUUAAAGUGUGUUACAACGUUCGCAAUGCAGAGAGUCUCUUUAAUGAGGCCCGUUUAAUAAGCUACGCUAUUUACAAUAUAGCAGCUGUGAAUAUAACCAUGAUCGCUAUUCAUCUUUUCAUUUUCCCUCAUGCUGGCCCGGAUAUCAAGUAUUCGUUAGGCUUCUUGCGUACACAGCUGUCUACUUCUGUCACCAUAUUUCUUGUAUUUGCGCCCAAGGUGAUCCGAGUUUUUCGAGGCCAAGGAGAUCAAUGGGAUAGCCGUGCUAGAGCCCGCGGUGUUACGGCCAGUUUCUCUUUAAAUGGGAUCGGCUUAGUGCCCGAAGAAGCGACAGAUUUACACCAAGAGAACGAGGAAUUGAAGGAAGAAAUACAGAAAUUGGCAGCGCAGAUUGAAUUUAUGAAAAUCGUACACAUGGAGAUGUACAAUCGCCACAUAAAACCGAAAGCAGGCGGAUAUUUUACUACUCAUGGGCCCGGUCAUAGUCAUCCGUCCUCGGCGCAGAGUCCCAUCGCCAAAAGUUCAACGGCCAGUUUCAUAUUGAAACAGACGGCCGUGGAGCGAGGGGCGAGUGCGGCCGCGGCUGCCGCGGUCGAAGAUUCCACUUUCCCUUCAGGAAGCUUGCAUCGGGCACGCCGGAUGGAAAUUCUCAGAGAACGCAAAGCUGAGAGGGAGAGAGAACGGGAGAAAGAGCGUGAGAAGGAGAGAGAAAAGGAGAAGGAAAAAUAUAAGGAGAAGGAAAAGGAAAGAGAAAAAGAAAGGGAGAAAGAGAAAGAGAAGGAAGAAGAAGCGAAAGAAAAAGAGGCGGAAAUGGAGAAAGAGAAGAACAAAGAGAAACAAGCAGAGAAAGAGAAUGAAAAGCAAGACAGAAAACAAGAAGGAAAUGUUGAAACCAGCGGACAGGUUUGACUAGUACUAAAUAGCGAAGAGGUAAGAUUCGUUCGUUUAUUUUUAUAAUAGUUUUAUUAUCAUUUAACGAUACGCUGAAUACGCUGUUGUAAAUGAUGCGCAAAAUUAUAAUCUUUCGAUGUUAACAUAUGCUAGAUUGCUGACGUAAUAUUAUGCUUUUUCAUGGAUCAAUUAUCAAUGACCCUAAGCAAAGGAGAAGUUUUUAUGUUUGUUUAAAUUAAAGCGAUACAAGCUAUGAUGCAUAUUCGAAAGCGAACUUAUCAAAUUUUUGCUCUUGCCCUAAUUGCAGAAACUGUCGAUCUUCUACUUUAGGAUUUCUGUAAAGUUAUCGGCCACGAACGUGUUAGAAGAAUAAUCUCCUCGCGGAGGUUAAAACUGCGUUAAUACACACGCCAAGAAAAAAAGAGAGAAACGUGUUAAGUAUUCGGUGUUAAUGCUAUUUUCGUCUACCAUUGUUUACGUCUAACGUUAGUUAUCUUGUUUUAGAAUAAUAUAUGGUUUCUUAAAAAGGCAGUUAGGAGAAUGAACAGAAGGGAAAGGAUCGUUCAAUAUAAUUGUAAUGUUUAAUGUGACAGAAUGUAUCGAUAUGUGUUACUUCCGUAGCUAGAACAACAAAUGGCAGCAGAUAUAGAAACUUUGUAAUAACCAUUCGAUAAUUAUUUUUAGUUUACGUCUACAAAGCGGUCGAGUAUAUACCAGCCGAAUAUUAAUUAUUCGAACGCAAAUUAGCAGAGUCUGCAAAUGAUAUUAUCAGCGAAUUUGUCGAUAUAUCGACAAUAUUCACACACUCGUGAGCGUGUACGUUUAUGUGCGUAUACAUGAGUAUGUGUAUGAAUGCGUUCGUGUGUUCAUGUUGAGAGCGCGAAAAUUGCCUCGAGCGUGCAAACGCACAUUCCGGGUUAACGAAACUCUUCACUUUUAUAAGAACGAUGCGUUCCAACUAAAUUGAAAAUUACGAUAAUCGCGAUUAUUCGCAUCGAUUACGAUUUUCUAAUUCCACUUUUGUUUCAUUCUAGUUACGAUAUCACAUACUAUUCGUACACUGUAAAAGGACUGUGCGAAUAAUAAUCGACUCGCCUCAUAAAGAUAUCCUAUUAGACAUAAAUCGCGAGAAAUGCAAGAGGCGUAUGAUAGUUAAAAGUAAAUACAGAAUAAAAACGUCGUUGUAUCGCACAAAGUAUCGAUAAGUAUCGAGCACAUAAAGCAUUUUAUUAUAUGAUUGGGGUGUAAAAUUCACUUGAAGAUACGUCAAAAGAUAUAUGCAUUUUAUACGACAAUAAGAUUUAAAAUUUAAGGCAUGUUCUUGUUACUAGUAACACCCAAGCAGCUCGCAAUUUCUAAUUACUCGAACGAUUUCUGUUUCACACAUAUGAUUUCGAUUCUGAUCAUUCGAGAAUCCGAAUACUACUAAAGUACGCAUUUCAUAACUGUCCCUGUACGUGGCAAUCUCGUACUUUGAACUGUGCACCUGCUGUUACAAACGAAUAUAAUCGAAAUGCGAUUUAAUUUACGAUAUAUAGAUUUUACGUAUUUCAAUUAUUUUAAUGAUUUAAUUAAUUGACGAACGAUUAAUUGAUUUAACGAAUUCCAUUGCAUGCUAUUUAUUAUGAAAAGGCGAAUAGAUCGCGGAAUAAAAUAUGCAAUGUUGGUACUAUUAUUCAACGGAACUGCCACGUACAGGAAUUGAUAGUCAAAUUACAAUUGUACGUCAGCAGCACAUUAACGUGUUGCAACGUUAUUCGCAAGAGCCUGCCCAGCUUAGGAUCAUAUGUAUAAAUAAAACAAGUAAUGGAAAGAAUGGUUGUAUUGUAAGUCAACUUAAACAAUGAUUAAUUUCUUUGGAAAAUUUCAAGUUCUCGCGAUAGACAUUAUUGCGUUAUAUAGUUGAUAACUGAUAAAUAUCACUGUUUAUGUCUAAGAUAUUUAUCGUACACGUAACCAUUAAUGAACUUGUAUGUUUGCUUGCCUGUCCGAAUGACACGCAUAAAACAGUACUUAUAACUAAGGCGUUUCUAUUGCAGCCUUAACGUGUGUAAUAUACACAGAGCGGGCAAAUUGGUUUUCUAUUUUCCUUUGGCGAAUUCUAAUUUACGUGAAAUCAAAAACUUCAUAAAGCGCAUGUAAUUCUAAAAAAAGAGAGAGUUAUUUAUUAUUUCGGAGAUUACCAUAUUCCGCAUAUCGACGUAAAUAUCUCGUCAUUUUGACAAAUUCUAUUCGACCGUAUUACAUAAGAUUUUACAUUCAAUUUCGUAUUUUAUCAAUUUUCUAAACCUUUCGUUUUCGAUAAAUAUUCGCAUCUUUGAAAAUCUUCUCUUUCAUAUAUUAUUGAAGUUUGCCGAUUUUUUAAUCAUUGGGCAUUUCGUGUGUUAAGACCUAAUAUAUAUUACACUAAUUUGUCGAAGGAAAAUAGUUUUGAGGAUAAUAACGCCGGUGCAAGGCAACUUUACCAAUCGACCGAUUUCGAUGAUAAAGAUGCGCGAAGUUGCGAAGAAUGGAAAGCAGGAGAAGCUAAUACUAGGGAUCGUCCAGAUCGAAUUUGUCUCGAGAAAAAAAAUAGCCUGUCACAUACGUUUGUGUGUACGAGUGAAAUGGACGUAGUCUAAUAGUAAAACGGUGUUAACUGAAAAUAGCUGAUAACUUGUUAUCGCUUAAGAGAUUUAGAAUAAUUUUAAAGAUAAAGGAUCGAAUUGGUUGAGGCGAUGAAAAGAUACGAGCAAAAAACAAAUAAUCGUCCCGAAAUUGUCGUAUAACCUAUUAAGAUUUUCAUUUAUUCAAUUAUAUUAGUGAAAUGAUAUUAAAUUAGUCAUCGAAUCAUUAAAACAUGAAACGUUUCAGUAACAAUAGAAACAACAUAUUUCGAAAGUACGAGCUUUAUGAAUUUUCCUCAACACGAAAUAAGUAUUAUUAUUUAUUUUAAUAAUAUCUUAAUAAUAUAAUUUUGUUCGGGACUGUGUCAUCGAAAGAUGUCAAAAUUAUGUAUACACUAUUGCGAAUAACUUUCAUCGGUUCCACCUUGGAGAAUGUAGUAUGGAUGUAAAAUAGAUAACAUUCAGAGCAUAAUAACAAUAAUAAUAAUAAUAAUAAUAAUAUACUAAAUGAUCGCGAUAAUAAAAUUUAGCUAAGCGUCAUGUAACGUAAAUAAUGUUUGCAGUAAAUUUAUAAUCGUCUUCUCUUUUUUUUUUUUGUUACUAAAGAGGAGCGUUUUCCGGAAACGUCGCGCGUUUCCUCUUCGACGCAGUUAUAUGAGUGUAAUCAAUAGAAAUAAGAAAUAGGGUGAAAGAAAGAAAGACAAAGAGUAUUAUGCUUUCGAUGUCGUCGUUGUAACUUAAUGUAAGGCUAGUUUAAGAAAGAGAGAAAGUCACUGGCGGACGAAUCGAUUAGAAAAAUGCUAAUUCAUUGUGUUCACUUGAAUUGAGCAUUAUAGUUGCAAUAUAUCAUCGUCAUAACACUGUUUUUCUCUUUUUUGUUUGUUGCUUCGGAUAUAAAGACAUUAACAUGCAGUUUGACACUAUGUAACCAUCGUAAAUCGUGGCAGAGAGAAGGUAUAUGAUUAUGCUAAACGGAAAGAUAUAUCCGUAAUUUUCCCACCCGACCCUUGAAAAAGUCUGUGUAUAAACGAGAAAAUGUAUUUGUAAAAAUAUAUUGUAUGUCCGGGAAUGUAAUGAUACUUGCGAGUAACAAGAGGAAUAAUGCUCUUUUGAUGCCAGUUUCUACCUAAUUUCCAACCUUGGAGAAUGUAGUAUGGAUGUAAAAUAGAUAACAUUCAGAGCAUAAUAAUAAGGACAAAAUGAUCGCGAUAAUAAAAUUUAGCUAAGCGUCAUGUAACAUAAAUAAUGCUUGCAGUAAAUUUAUAAUCGUCUUCUCUUUUUUUUUUUUUUUUUUUUACUAAAGAGGAGCGUUUUCCGGAAACGUCGCGCGUUUCCUCUUCGACGCAGUUAUAUGAGUGUAAUCAAUAGAAAUAAGAAAUAGGGUGAAAGAAAGAAAGACAAAGAGUAUUAUGCUUUCGAUGUCGUCGUUGUAACUUAAUGUAAGGCUAGUUUAAGAAAGAA